GUCAUAACACCUCAAAAUCUAUAUAUCCUUAACUCCAACUCUUCUCAUGCACAACCCAUAUUUUGCUUUUAAAUAAAUUUAUUCAUCAUAAUUCUUGAAAAUAGUAUACUAGAGAGCAAUGAGACACAGAACACAGUUCUCACCCAAUUGGAGAGUCAUCCUCAUUUGCAUUUUUGUAUCUUUCUUCAUUCUUUUUGUAACAAAAUCAUUCAUUGCAUCAUCUCCAUCAUCAUCUUCUUCAUUCCACCAAGGACUCUCACCUUCAAAGGUGAGAGAUAAAUGCUCCCUACAAAGCUGCAACAAACUCCCAACAUCAGUGGCUAAAUCUCUCAUCCAUUACUCCACCUCAAGCAUCAUACCCCAACAAACCAUCAGAGAAAUAUCAGUCACGUCGAAAAUCUUAGACAAGAAGUCCCCUAGCAACUUCUUAGUUUUCGGCCUCGGACAUGAUAGCCUAAUGUGGCACACACUAAACUAUGGGGGCAAAACCGUCUUUCUUGAAGAGGAUGAAGAUUGGAUACAACAAAUCAAGAGGAGGUUUCCAAUGUUGGAAUCUUUUCAUGUUAGUUAUGAUAGUAAGGUCAACCAGGCAAGUCAAUUAAUGGAAGUUGGCAAAGGACCAGAGUGUACAUCAAUCUCAGAUCCUAGGUAUUCAAUGUGUCAACUGGCAUUAAAAGGACUGCCCAGUGUGGUGUAUGAGGUUCAAUGGGAUUUGAUCAUGGUGGACGCGCCAACCGGGUACCACGAGGAGGCACCCGGGAGGAUGGCAGCGAUUUACACGGCAGGAAUGAUGGCCCGAAACCGAGAAGAUGGAGGUGAGACAGAGGUUUUUGUCCAUGAUGUGAAUAGGGUGGUGGAAGACCAGUUCUCUAAGGCAUUCCUGUGUGAAGGUUAUAUGAAGAAACAAGAAGGGCGUCUCAGACAUUUCACCAUUCCAAGCUAUAGGACUAAUUUGGAAAUGCCAUUUUGUCCCUAGUCAAUAUUUCAUCAUUAUUCUCAUUAAGGCAUACUUACUCUUAAGUCUUAACCGAUCAUACUAGUUUUUUAUUCAUCUAUUUUCUUUAGCAUUCUUUAAAACUAUUGAAUUUGGCAUUUUCUUUAACAUUCUUUAAAACUAUUGAAUUUGGCA